AAGCGCAGGCGCGAGGCGGCCACAGGUGAUCUUCACGAUGGCGGCCUUCAGGGCACUGGCGUCAGGAUGUGGGCGGCUGCUCCGGGCUUUUCUAGAGGGGCCUGCUCCAGUCAGUUGGGCUCGGCCUCCGACCCGGGGUCUCCGAGAAGUGGUGGAGAUCCAAGAAGGGAAGACAACUAUUAUUGAAGGCCGAAUUAUUCAAACUUCCAAGGUGGCACCAGAGCCUCCUAAUCCCUCUGGCCAGUGCCCAAUCUGUCGUUGGAAUCUGAAAUAUAAGUAUAAUUAUACGGAUGUCCUUCUGCUGAGUCAAUUUAUUCGGCCCCAUGGGGGAAUGCUGCCCCGGAGAAUCACAGGUCUGUGCUUGGAAGAACAUCGGAAAGUGGAAGAGUGUGUGAAGAUGGCUCACCGGUCAGGUCUGCUACCGAAUCAUAGGCCUAAGCUUCCAGAAGGAUUUGUUCCCAAGAAAAAACCCCAACUCAAUCGGUACCUGACACGAUGGGCUCCCCGCUCUGUCAAACCCAUCUUAAAGAAAGGUCCAAAAUGGAACAAAGUUCGAAUGCCUGUGGGCUCCCCCUUGCUUAAGGAUAAUGUCAACUAUACAAACAAACCCCUAGUGAUGUACCAUUAAUGGGAGGGAAUAGUUUGUAAGAUCAACUUGGCCAAAACUCCCUACCCCUGGCAAUGGGAACUAUCUCCUUUCAUUCCAAGGAAGGACUAGAAGGUAAAUCCAGCCUGGAACUGCUACAGACCCAGAUGCCUUCAAAAUUAGUUAUUCCUCACCAAAAUGUGGACAACAGGAAGGCAAUAAGAAUAUGGUCCAAAUUCUGAUGGAAAUGCUUAUGGCAUCAUAGAAUGGACUCUAAAGCAGCUGCUAGUGAUAGGGAAACAAAUGGCGAAUGUACCAUAUGUUCAGCUCAGACUGAACUCUUUGAGUUGAAGAUAUAAAUAUUACCCAAGAAAUGUCAUAAAACAAGACAUGUUUGCUAAACUA